AUGUCUUCAAAAGACGAUGGGAAAGGCGAUGAAGAAAAGGAGAAAUCGGGGAAUAUUCGGCGACGUUUAUUUGGAUCUGGAAGUGCAACAAUCACUCCAAUCACAACAAAUAAUAACAAUGAGAUGCCAAGAGUACAACAGAGUGUUUCCGCCUCAUCGUUGACAAGGGAUCUCUGUGGCCACGAGCCGACGUGUCCCUCUCGAUCAGCGAUGUCACUUCCAUUCGAUGAAAUGCUUCCAUCAACAUCUCGUGCUUUUCUCAACCCAUCGCUUAAUAUUAAAUGGCCACAAACGCUGCUGACGCACGAUUCGCUGGACUCGGAGAAGCGACCACAGCUUGAUGGGUAUCUUGAUCCAGAAGAAGAUCAACAGUAUUCACGCAAUCUUUCGCUGGAAAGCGAUUUGGCCGAGAUGCAACCGAAUUGGAUCGGAUUACCGCCAGCGAAUGCAUCCAUUUCGAAUGAACGAAAUGUUGAUGAGGAGUUGUGCUUGGUGCCCCGUCGAGCUCCCGAACAAGAGGAUCACUCAGAAGCCGAGGAAAGAGAGCAGAGACGCGUCGAGUUGGAUCGACAAAUCGAGAGAGUUAUCGAGCAACAAGCUUUCAAUCAAGAUGUGAUUGAAUCGCUUGCUCGUGCUAAUCAUCAACGCGUUUUCGGGGAAUUUGUUGAGGAUGAUGAUGGAGGAGAUGAGAUGAGAAAAGCUGAGAAUAUCGAGAACGAGCAGCGACCUCAAAACGAACGCGCACGAAACCUAGUGGCUUCAGAGGGACAACCCGUUAUGAAUGAAGACGGAACGUUAACCCUUCGCGGGAAAGAGCUCAUCAAUAACUACCAUCACUUUGUGAGAAAUUUCCAAAUAUCUGAUCAACACGUGCCCCGUUUAUACUACGGAGACGAGGAUACUCCCGAAGAAGAAGAAGAGGAUGGAGGUGUGCAUGUUGGUGCAUCGACAUCUCGUCGUCUUUUGCCAGGCGCUUUCCCCGCGAACACUUCACAUGUAUUGGCGAUUGGUCGAAAGCCAACCGUUUCCGGAAAUUCAUCGAACCGACCCGCAAACGCUGAAGAAACAAACCCAUUGGGAUGGCAAGCAGCAAAGGUCACACUCAAGGAGCGUCUGACUUUCAUGUAUUGCAAUGACAUACUCGCUGAUGUUUACUUUAUCGUAGGAAAAGACGAGAAUCGACAGCGUAUUCCGGCUCAUCGCUUUGUUCUCUCGAUCGGUUCAGUUGUUUUUGAUGCGAUGUUUAACGGUGGUUUGACUCCAAAUAGUCCAUCUAGAGAUCCCCUUGAGAUCGAAUUGCCUGAUGUUGAGCCGUGUGCUUUCCUUUCACUUCUCCGUUUUCUCUACUCGGAUGAGGUGUCGAUUGGGCCCGAUUCCGUCAUGACAACACUAUAUACAGCCAAAAAGUAUGCUGUGCCAGCCCUUGAGACGGCGUGUGUCGAUUUUUUAAAGAAAUCCCUUGCUGCCGACAAUGCUUUCAUGCUGUUGACACAGGCUCGUCUCUUUGAUGAACCCCAACUGACCGAGUUGUGUCUCGAGAAAAUCGACAAGGAUACAGUAUCGGCAUUAAAUGCAGAAAGCUUCACUGAAAUCGAUCACGACACUUUGUGUUUGGUGUUGGCAAGGGACACACUAAGGGUCAAAGAAUCACAACUGUUUCAGGCUGUCGUCGCAUGGGCCAAAGAGGAAUGCCAGCGUCGAGACGAGUCGCCAACAUCGGAAAACAAACGAGCGAUCAUCGGGAAAGCGCUGCAAUUGAUUCGUUUCCCGCUGAUGACAAUUGAGGAAUUCGCUCAAACUGCUGCACAAUCAGGACUCCUAACCGAUCGUCAAAUGGUUGAACUCUUCAUGUAUUAUACGGUAAAUCCAAAGCCACAAACGGUGUUCAUUGAGCGUCCGCGUAGUGUGAUGGGCGGAAAAGAAUACGUUGUUAGCAGAUUUCAACGCACCGAGGGUCGCUGGGGAUACAGUGGCACACCCGACAAAAUAAAGUUCACCGUCGAUCGAAAAAUCUAUGUCGUCGGUUUUGGGUUAUACGGAUCGAUCCAUGGGCCAUACGAGUACCAAGUCGCCAUACAAAUUCACAAUUGUGGCACGAGCAAAGUGUUGGCGCAUAACGAUACGACUUUCCAAUGUGAUGGCUCGCAGAACACUUUCCGAGUCUCUUUCAAGAAACCUGUCGAGAUUACCCCACACAUCACCUAUAUUGCGAGUGCUUGUUUAAAGGGAACCGACUCAUUCUAUGGAACAAAGGGAUUGCGACGGAUUGUUCAUCAAUUAAAUCACUCAAAUAGUGUCACUUUCCAGUUCACAUACGCUGCCGGGAACAACAACGGAACCUCGGUCGAAGAUGGGCAAAUUCCCGAAAUUUACUUUUACCGUAGCCCAGGGAAA